AUGAAUGGAGCCUUAUCUUCUUAUUAUUUGUUUAUAUACAAGUUGCCUAACUGGGUUGUUAAUAGAAUUGACAAGAUGAGAGGUGUAUGGAAACAUUCCCAGAGCGAUGGACAUGAAGACUAUGGGCUUCUUGUGAUUGAAAAGGCGAGGAAGUAUGCAAUAGUCAAAGAUCUUGAUGAACCAGUUGACUUCACGGAUAGAACCAUGGUUUUUCAAUAUGAAACUCGAUUUCAGAAUGGGCUUGACUGCGGAGGUUGUUAUCUGAAGUACCUCAGACCUCAAGAUGCCGGAUGGAGUCCCAGGGAGUUUGAAAACGAGUCACCCUUUUCCAUCAUGUUUGGACCUGACAAAUGUGGCUCUACAAAUAAGGUGCACUUCAUCCUUAAGCACAAGAAUCCAAUAACUGGUGUCUUUGUCGAGCAUCAUCUCAAUAACCCUCCAUCGGUCCCACAUGACAAAUUCACUCAUGUUUACACUGCUAUUCUGAAACCUGAUAAUGAGUUAAAGAUUAUGAUAGAUGGGGAGGAAAAGAAGAAGGCAAACUUCUUAUCUGCUGAUGAUUUUGAACCGCCGCUUAUUCCACCCAAAACGAUUCGUGAUCCAGAUGAUAAGAAGCCUGACGACUGGGGUGAGAGGGCUAAAAUUCCAGAUCCUGAUGCCAUUAAGCCUGAUGAUUGGGAUGAGAAUGCUCCUGAGGAGAUCGAAGAUGAGGAAGCUGUCAAGCCGGAAGGCUGGUUGGAUGAUGAGCCUGAGGAAAUUGAUGAUCCUGACGCCAGCAAACCAGCAGACUGGGAUGAUGAAGAAGAUGGAGAAUGGGAGGCACCAAAAAUUGAUCACCCAAAGUGCGGGGAAGCACCUGGAUGUGGUGAGUGGAAGAGACCAAUGAAGAAAAAUCCAUCAUACAAGGGAAAAUGGCAUGCUCCUUUGAUUGACAACCCAAACUACAUGGGUAUCUGGAAACCACGGCAGAUACCAAAUCCUGACUAUUUUGAGUUUGACAAACCUGAUUUUGAGCCUAUUGCUUCUAUUGGGAUUGAGAUUUGGACAAUGCAGGAUGGCAUUUUGUUUGACAAUAUUUUGAUAGCCGUUGAUGAGAAAGUGGCUGAAUUAUAUAGGGAAAAGAUGUGGAAGCCUAAAUAUGAAGCUGAGCAAUCAAAGCAAAAGGCUGAAGAGGCAGCUUCAGGGUUUUCAGAUGGGCUUGCUGGCUUCGAGAAGAAGCUAUUUGAUGUUCUUUACAAAGUAGCAGACGUUCCAUUCUUUGCGCCAUGCAGGUCCAAGAUCAUUGAUGUCAUUGAGAAAGGGGAAAAACAGCCAAAUCUGACGAUUGGAAUCCUGGCGGCCAUUGUUGUGGUCGUUGCCACAGUUAUCUUCAGAAUCCUUUUUGGCGGGAAGAAACCUGCAGCACCACCAAUGACCCCUUCUAGACCCCAGAGUGCUAAAGCGACUAGGAAUGAUGCGGUAGGAAGCACUACUGAAAAGAAGGGGAGAAAUGAGGUUCUUUUCUCAUUUCAUCAUUCCCCGUUAACUUGUAGACUGACUUUGUGUUGUAUGCCAGAUUUUGUUGAAGGUUGAUCAAAGGAUCCUGAGUGUGAUCCAUUUUUUUCUUUUGAUCAUCAGUUAAGGCAGAAAAAAUU